CCAAAGUCACACAGCUGGGUGUCGGAAGGGUGAAACGAUGGUCGCUCCACCGGAGAGGCUGACCUCCUAACGGCAGUUGUCCCGAGCGGAGAGCGGCCGAGAAGAUGAAUCCGAGUAACCCUUUCAGCGGGCAGCAGGCCGCUGUCUUCCCGGCCCCUCCCGGCAGCCCCGCGGGAGUGUUUCAGGCGCAGCCCCCGUUUCGGUUUGGCCAGCCUUCGCUGUUCGGCCAGAGCCCCGCGGGCUUCGCCCAGCCUCCCGGCUUCCCGCCGGGGCCCGCCUCGGGGAAUCCCCCCUCCGGGCAAGUCUUGGGGUUCCCGCCCCCGCCGGGCGCCGGGCUCCGGCCAGCCGCGCCCCCCGUGCCCCCGUCCGGGCCCGCCGCCUCGGGCCCGGUUGCCGGCAGCGCGGGUUUUCGGUUCAAAGCGCCCACCGCCCUGGGGGCCUACCCCGGGCCCGCCAGCUUCGGGCUCCCGGCGGUGGAGACCCCGACUUGCGGCUUCAGGGGGGCAGAGUUCAGCUUCAAGCCUCCGGACAACGCGACGUUCAGGCCCAUCUUCGGGGCCGAAGCCGAGCCCGAGAGGACGCAGGGCCAGAUCGCCCCGGGGUCCUUCACGUUCUCCCACUCGGCGAGCGGCGGUCCCGGGGGGUUGGCCCCUUUCCAUUUUUCUCCGGCGAGCGGCGGCCCGGGCCCCGGUGCCGCUUUCGGCUUUCCCAAGUCGGCGGGCGGCAGCCACCCGCCGUCCCCGUUUUCUUCCGCCCCGCCGAGCUCGAAGGCGGAAGAGGAGAGGAGAGGCCUGAAGCCGGCGUUCGGAAGCCCCAACAGCAGCUUCACCAGCCUGGCCGUCUCCCCCCUGGGCUCCGCGGGCGACCCGUCGGCGGUAGUCGGCAGGACCGCCGGCCAGCAAGCGCGAGACGAGGCGGGCCAGGCCGAGCCGCCCCCCGGCCUGCUGAAGGGGCUGAAGAGGAAAGAAGAGCGGGAUCGUUCCCCCCGAAGACGCGACUACGACACGGCGGAGGACCCGGACCCCUCGCCCAGGGGCGAUCGCCCCCCAGAUAAACGGCCCGUGCGGCUGACCCGGCCUCGGAGGGGUGGCCUGUUCGGGCGGACGCUGAAGGAGAUGCUGAAGAGCAAUAAGGACGGAGGCCGCCCGCCCUGCAGGGACUCGAGAAAGGAAAGCGUCUCCUUCGGAGGCGGAGAACCCGAUCGCCUCGCCGCGCCGGCGGCGAGUCAGCCGGUGUUUGUGAGCCCCCGGGCUUCCGGAGCCAUGAAAGAGGAAGAGACGGAAAGUAAAGAAAAAAAGGAAGAUUCCGCCGGAGCGGGCCCUUCGCGGCGAAGCAAGAGGACCGAAAGCGCAGAUAGUCUGGGAGGCCUGUCCCCGAGCGAGCUCACGGCAAUCCAGUGCAAAAACAUCCCCGACUACCUCAACGACCGGACCGUCCUGGAGAAACAUUUCGGUCGGUUCGCCAAAGUGCAGCGGAUCUACACGAAGCGGAGCCGCAAGUUGGCCGUCGUGCACUUUUUUGAUCACGACUCAGCAGCCCAGGCGAGGAAGAAGGGGAAAGGACUGCACAAAGACAUGACUAUCUUUUGGCAUAAGAAAAAAAUAAGUCCAAGUAAGAAAGAGUUUUCGCCUAAGGAGAAAAAAUCCGAUGAAAGCGAAGUGAAGCCGAACCCGGAAGAACCGAGCUUCACGCAUUCCCCGCUUCGGAAACCCUUAGUGAGACCUGCGGCUAGUGGCAGCCUUCUCAGUAAGAGCUCUCCAGUCAAGAAGCCCGGACUUAUAAAGGCUCUUCAGUUUGAGACAGAUCCCUUUGAUUCGGGCUCAGAGGGACAAGGCCCCGAGGGCUUGGGGACAUCAGUGCCCUCCCUCAGCAACCUGGUGGGCACCGUAGCCGAGACGGCCGAAGAGAAAUACCGCCUUCUUGAUCAAAGGGAUAAAAUCAUGCGACAAGCUCGUGUUAAGAGAACUGAUCUGGAUAAAGCUAAAACCUUUGUUGGCACCUGCCCAGACAUGUGUCCAGAGAAGGAAAGGUACAUGAGAGAAACCAGGAACCAACUGAGUAUUUUCGAAUUGAUCCCUGGAACCGAUCAGGUUGACCAUUCGGCUGCAGUAAAGGAGUACAGCCGAUCUUCAGCAGAUCAGGAAGAACCUUUACCCCACGAACUCCGGCCUUCUGGGGUUUUAAGUAUGACCAUGGACUAUUUGGUGAUGCAGAUCAUGGACCAAAAGGAAGGCAGUUCACGGGAUUGGUACGAUUUUGUGUGGAACAGGACCCGUGGGAUAAGGAAGGACAUAACCCAGCAACAUCUCUGCGAUCCUCUGACGGUGUCCUUGAUUGAGAAAUGUACCCGGUUUCACAUCCACUGCGCUCACUACAUGUGUGAGGAGCCCAUGUCUUCUUUUGAUGCCAAGAUAAACAAUGAGAACAUGACCAAAUGUCUUCAGAGCCUGAAGGAGAUGUACCAGGAUCUGGCAAACAAAGGAGUGUUUUGUAAAAGCGAAGCGGAAUUCAGAGGUUACAACGUUCUGCUGAAUCUCAACAAGGGGGAUAUUCUGAGAGAAGUGCAACAGUUCCAGCCUUCGGUCCGAAACUCCCCAGAGGUGAAAUUUGCCGUCCAGGCCUUUGCCGCAUUGAACAGCAACAACUUUGUGAGGUUUUUCAAGCUGGUGCGAACAGCUUCCUAUCUGAACGCCUGUCUCUUACAUUGUUACUUUAAUCAGAUUCGUAAAGAUGCUCUAAAAGCUCUCAAUAUCGCAUACACUGUGAGCCUUCAGAGAUCUACCGUCUUCCCCCUUGACAACUUGGUGCAGAUGCUACUGUUUAGGGACUCUGAAGAAGCAACUGAUUUUUUAAGUUUCUAUGGCCUGAGUGUAUCCGAUGGGUUCGUUGAGCUAAGUCGUUCGGCAUUCAUGGAACCCGAGGGCUUGUCGAAAGCCAAGAGAUCGAUGCUCAUCACCCAGAAGCUGUCCGUGUCGGUUGGAGAAGUUGUGAACGGGGGGCCGUUCCCCCCAGUAACUCCACACAUCCCUGUGUGCAGUUUCAAUAACCAGAACAAAUAUAUCGGAGAGAGCACUGCACCAGAGCCUGUUGGCAGCAGUCAGAAAGCCGGCUUGGAUGUAGCAGUUUCUCCCGCAGGAGGGAUAGCAGAAGAAAGAAGCUCAGGAGCGGAAGCGCUGAUGAUGCGAGGCCCGUCUCAGCUACAACCUGCUCCUUUGGCUCAGCGUCCUGCGGCAACCCCCGUCCCACUGCCCGGGCUUUUAACACAUGGUCCCGGCUCUUUGCCGCCCGUGCCACCCUCUCUGUUUCAGCCCGUUGUCGUGCCACCCGAACUUCCACCUCCUCAACCCCGACCCAUUUAUACCGAUCAGGAUAUUGCCCGAGUCGUGGAGGAACUCGUGGAAGAUGUUCUUAAAAAAGACUGUGAGGAAAUCAGCAGGACAGGAGCAGGUUAUGCUUCUGCAGCUUUGUGUGUUUCUAGUGCUGUUGUCGAAGAACUGGUUGCAGAUGCAGUCGCAGACAUUUCAAGGCAAAUAACAGCUGAAGAAAUGAACGCAGAAAGAAAAAGAAUUGAAGAAGAGAAGCGCAGGGCUGAAGAGGCACGGCGAAAACUAGAGCGAGAAUUAGUUAUCACCCAGCUGAGCCAGGCCCUGGUUGAAGACCUGACAGACAUUGUAGUAAAGGAGUGUGUUCGAGAAACAUCCUCGAGGGAAUUAAAGUGUGCUGUGGAAAUAGACCAAAGAGCCCGCGUUGCCCGUUGCUCUGAAGAAGUCUGUGUGCGCUUAAUGGAUUUGUUUCUGGAGGACGAGAUUUUCCAGUCUGCCAAGGAAACUCUUCAGGAACUUCAGUGUUUCUGCAAGUACCUACAAAGAUGGAGGGAAGCAGUUGCAGCCCGGAAGAAACUGAAGCGGCAGAUGAGGGCCUUCCCGGCUGCUCCCUGUUGUGUGGAUCAGAACGACAGACUCAAAGCAUUGUCACCCAGCGCAGAGUGUCCCAUUGCUGAAGAGAAUCUUGCCAGGGGAAUCUUGAAUCUUGGAAAUGCAGGAAAAUUAGGAGUCUACUGCACCAGAUUAAGGUGGCUGAGAAACAAGGCAAUUCACCAGAUGAAGGUUCAGUAUUUUUACCAGCAGUUAGUAAGUGAAGCAGCAUGGAGUCCACUGAACCUGCCAUCACUUAUUGCUGAACAUUACCCUGGUCAGAAAGAACAGGUGUUUUGGAAACUGGUUUUGGUGCUGCCGGAAAGCGAAGAGACUCCGUCAGCAUAUCCCAGCAGUAUUCUUUCAAGUUGGUUAAAAGUCAAGUUCAUGGGAGAAGUCACCAAAGGUGAAAGCUACAGAGCUAAGGAUAGCAUACAGACACUGGCGUUAUUUAACUCGGUUGGCUACAAAGGAGAUCGAGCAAUUUGCAUCAACGUGUGUGUAAAGGUUGCUCAGGGUACCCUCAGCGACUCCGCGCUUGAUGCAACAGAAACACAGAAGGAUCUUCUGGGAACUAGCGGUCUCAUUCUCUUGCUGCCAACAAGAAUCAAAAGCGAAGACUUCACCGAAGAGGACGUCUAUUGGCUUUCUGCUCUGCUGCAACUGAAGCAGCUCCUUCAGGCUAAGCCUUUCCAGCCCAUGGUUCCUCUGGUGGUUCUUGUUCCCAGUCAAGGAGAAGACACCAGUGAGCAAGAAGUAGAAGAAGGGCUGAUGCUGCAGGACUUGAUUUCAGCGAAACUUAUUUCCGACUAUAUUAUUGUGGAGAUUCCGGAUUCUGUCAACGAUUUACAGGGCACUAACAGGGUUUCUGCCUCAGUGCAAUGGCUGGUAGCUCACUGCCCCGGUUCCCUCGAGCUCUGCUGCCAGACCCUCCUCCAGUUCAUCGAAGACGGCGUCAGCUGUGAGUUCAGCGAUCGGUUUUUCCACGACAGGAAAGAGAGGCGCCUGGCGGGCCUGCCCUCUCAGGAGCCCAGCGCCAUCAUUGACCUGUACAACAGCGUGCUACAGUUUUUGGCGGCCGCGGCCUCCUCGGAACAGCUGUGCGAUCUGUCCUGGCCCGUGACCGAGUUUGCCGAACCCGGGGGCAGUAAGCUUCUUCCUCACCUCCAGUGGAACACGCCGGACCACCUGGCAUGGCUGAAGAAAGCCGUCCUGUCCUUCCAGAUCCCUCAGAUGGAUCUCCCUCCCCUGGGUGCUCCGUGGCGCCCUGUUUGUUCCAUGAUUUUCCAGUACGUCUCCCAGAUCCCGAGCUGCCGCCAGACCCAACCGAUACUGCAGUCGCAGGUGGAGAAUCUGCUGAGCCGGACCUACUCCAAGUGGAAGAGUAAGGCCUCGGCCUCCUCCAGAGAGUCCGGCCCUCCAGUUGAGGAGAUCCCUUGGGAUGAUAUCCUUGCUCUGUGUAUUAACCACAAACUGAGGGACUGGAAAUCCCCCAAGACGGCUGUUACGUCAGAGGCCGUGAGCGAAGAUGGUCAGGUUUGUGUGUAUUUUUUUAAAGAGCAUUUAAAAAAAUACGAACUCCCUUUGUCCUGGGAACAAGCUAGGCUGCAAACCCAGAAGGAGAUUCAGCGGAGCCAAGGAAGUUUGGGGGUAAAGUCUCCCGAGUGUUCUGCAAAGAGAUGCCCUCCUUCACUGCUUCAGAUUCCAUUUAGCGUGAUCAGGAAACCAGGAAAUGGCAAGGAGGGACGAAUCCCUAGUGCCGAGGAAUUAAUCCACACGGCCUCGGCUGAGGAGCUCCUCCCCGAACGUCUCACGAGCAGUAUUCAGCUAGAAAAGGAAGAAAACAAAAGAUUUGAAGAUAUGCUGCAUCAGUGGCUGGCUGAAGAUUCCGUGCAUUUGGCAGACUCUACAUCUCUUCCUCUCUACCUUCCCGAAGCUCUAGUUUCUGUGCCUCAGUCUAUCCAGCCGCCGGUAAAAUCGCCUAGAACCAGCCCGCAGAACACAAGAGCGGUGGAAGAAAAACAGACAGCAGCGCAGGACAGAGACCUGUCUUUGUCUGACAAACUAAUGCACUUAGAAAGGUUGAUUAAAAGUACCAAGGAAGAGGAAAUUGCUUGUGAACGUCAUCUUUCCACUCUGCUGGAUAUGGUAGAUAUAUAGAAAGCCAGAAGAUGAAAAUUUUUUCCCUAGAAGGGGCUCUGUAUAAUCAGGUAAUUGUCAAUACCUCAUCAGGUGCAUAUUCAAAUUAUGUUCACUCCGGGUGUUUUUACCAACAGCUGAAAUUACAUCGUAAAUCAUGGAAAUAAAUAGAUUGACUACA